GGAUCAGUGACAACAUUAAUCGACGAAAAGGGCAUUGUCAAAGGGGUGAUUUACAAGAACAAGGCUGGAGAGGAGAUGAGAACAUAUGCUCCACUAACAAUCGUGUGUGAUGGUUGCUUUUCAAAUUUGCGCAAGUCUCUCAGUGCACCAAAGGUUGAAAGUCCCUCUUGUUUUGUUGGUUUGAUCUUGGAGAACUGUGACCUUCCACACGCAAAUCAUGGACAUGUGAUUUUGGGCGACCCUUCACCCAUCCUCUUUUACCCUAUCAGUAGCACCGAGGUUCGUUGUUUGGUGGAUGUACCUGGAACAAAAGUACCUUCAGUAGCUAGUGGUGAAAUGGCUAACUAUUUGAAAACCGUGGUGGCUCCUCAGAUUCCCCCACAGCUGCACAAUGCUUUUAUGGCCGCAGUAGAGAAGAGAAACAUCAGAACAAUGCAAAACAAAAGCAUGGCUGCUAAUCCUGUCCCUACUCCUGGUGCAAUUUUAUUAGGGGAUGCAUUCAACAUGAGGCACCCUUUAACAGGAGGAGGAAUGACCGUUGCUCUUUCAGACAUUGUUCUUCUCCAUGAUCUUCUUAGACCCCUACAUGAUCUCAAUGAUGCACCUGCUUUGUGCAAUUACCUUGAAUCAUUCUACACACUGCGCAAGCCUGUAUCAUCUACCAUAAACACAUUGGCAGGUGCUCUGUACAAAGUGUUUUGUGCAUCACCGGAUCCAGCAAGACAGGAAAUGCGUGAAGCAUGUUUUGGCUAUUUGAGCUUUGGAGGCAUCUGUUCAUACGGACCAGUUCUCCUCUCUGGUCUUAACCCUCAGCCACUGCACUUGUUUCUCCAUUUCUUUGCUGUUGCCAUCUAUGGUGUCGGCCGCUUAAUGCUUCCAUUCCCUUCACCUAAACGCAUGUGGCUUGGGAUUCGAUUGAUCUUGAGUGCAGCUGGCAUCAUAUUCCCCAUUAUUAAAGGUGAAGGAGUUAGACAGAUGUUCUUUCCUGCCACAGUACCAGCAUAUUACAGAUCUCCUCCUGUUCAUUAACGAAAUGGAAACUAGUAUUGUGAUUAUAUCUAAAGAAAGAAAAAUUGUUAGCCAGAUCUUUUUAUUUUAUUGCAGCACUAGUUCCACCCAAAAAGUAUAGAUCAAGAUGGGGGGUCAAUGCUAAUAUUAGAAGAUAGCCAAACAUGUUCUUGAUUCAUUUAGGGUAAUAGGAAUUAGCUGGGUCUCACAUGGUACUUUGUAAUCCCUCCCAAUUUCUGUUUAAAAAGUAGAAUGCAAAUACAAGAUCCCAUCAUGACCCAAGAUUGGUCAU